GCGCUCUGUCCCUGCCUCGGCCGGCCGGGCACGCAGGUCUCUGGACAAAAUGGGGAAUGGAUUAGUGAAACCCAAGCACCUGAGGCAGCCAAACAGGCACGUGGCAAGCCUUGCUAUCGGCUGUGCUGCCAGCCACAAGUUUCUGAUGGACCCAUGCCUAGGCAUCAAUGUGAUCAAUGGGCAAGCUGAUGUCCUCUGCAGCAAGGUACUUGAACUGGAAAAGGAGCUGAAGAGAAAAGAUCAGCAGCUGCAAGAGAGUCAAAGCCAUGUUGCUGAGCUUCAGGAACGGCUGGCUAUGCAGACUAAGGUCAUAGCAGAACUCACCAAGGAGCUGCAGAGCAAGUGUAUACAGUUGAACAAGCUGCAGGAUGUUGUUAGCACUCAAGGAGAGCUCUCUCUUCAGCCUUCUCCGUUUAAAGUUUCUGCUGAUAGGAGGAGAGGAGCCAAGGAAGGUGUAUCUGCAGAGCCAACAACACGACUCUGUGAUUUGAGAAGGCAAACUAUGUUUUCCCUUGAAAAAGCAAUGGUCCGAAAGGAUUCCAGUGAGAAGAAGCUUAUCACAGAUGCCCUGAAUAAAAACCAGUUCCUGAAGAGGCUGGAGCCUCACCAGACACGAGACAUGGUGGAAUGCAUGUACGAGAGGACAUUCCAGCAAGGGAGCUACGUCAUCAGACAGGGAGAACCGGGAAAUCACAUUUUUGUGCUCAAAGAGGGCAGUCUGGAAGUCUUUCAGCAGAAUAAACUACUCUCCUCAAUACCUGUGUGGACAGCAUUUGGUGAACUGGCCAUUUUAUACAACUGCACACGGACAGCUUCUGUGAAAGCAAUCACUAAUGUUAAAACAUGGGCACUGGACAGAGAAGUGUUUCAAAAUAUCAUGAGAGUAACAGCACAAACCAGACAAGAGCAAUACAGAAACUUCCUUAGAAGUGUGUCCCUGCUGAAAAACUUACCUGAAGAUAAAUUAACCAAGAUCAUGGACUGUCUGGAAGUGGAGUAUUAUGACAAGGGAGAUUACGUGAUUCGGGAAGGAGAAGAAGGAAACACCUUCUUUAUAAUAGCAAAAGGAAAGGUGAUAGUUACCCAGAGCACUACAGACCACUCACAGCCCCAGGUGAUCAAAAAUCUGCACAAAGGAGAUUACUUUGGAGAAAAGGCUCUCAUCAGUGACGACGUCAGAUCAGCAAACGUCAUUGCAGACGAGUACAACGUGGAGUGCCUCGUUAUAGACAGAGAGACAUUUAAUCAAACAGUUGGAACUUAUGAGGAGUUGCAAACUUACCUGGAAGGUUAUGUGGCUAAUCUGGCCCAGGCUGAUGAAAAGCGACAUGCAAAAGGAAGAUCCUUCUGUGGACAGUUGACCAAAGAGGUGUCUUUGGAGAUGAUAGAGCUGAAGGAGAAAGUAGCCCAGUUCCCUCCUUCUCCAUUCCAGAAUUUAGAAGUUGUCACAACUCUGGGUGUUGGUGGGUUCGGAAGGGUUGAGCUUGUUAAAGUUAAAAAUGAGAACAUGGCUUUUGCUAUGAAAUGUAUAAAGAAGAAACACGUAGUGGACACCAAACAGCAAGAGCAUAUCUAUUCUGAGAAGAAAAUCCUCGAGCAGAUAUGUUCUCCAUUCGUUGUAAAGCUGUAUCGCACAUUCAAGGAUAACAAAUACGUGUACAUGCUCCUGGAAGCUUGCCUGGGAGGGGAGCUGUGGAGCUUGCUGAGAGACAGAGGCAGCUUUGAUGAAUUCACCACCAAGUUUUGUGUUGGCUGUGUGACAGAGGCUUUUGACUAUCUGCAUCAAAUAGGAAUUAUCUACAGAGACCUGAAGCCAGAAAAUUUAAUUUUGGAUGCUGAAGGAUAUAUAAAAUUGGUUGAUUUUGGAUUUGCAAAGAAGAUUGGAUCAGGGCAGAAAACCUGGACGUUUUGUGGAACCCCUGAGUACGUUGCCCCUGAAGUCAUCCUGAGUAAAGGCCAUGAUUUCAGCGUGGAUUUUUGGUCCCUUGGGAUUCUUGUGUAUGAACUCCUCACUGGCAGCCCACCAUUUUCUGGGGCUGAUCAAAUGAUGACAUAUAAUUUGAUUCUCAAAGGCAUUGAAAAGCUGGAUUUUCCUAAAACAAUAACAAGGCGACCUGAGGAUUUGAUCCGCAGACUCUGCAGGCAAAACCCUACAGAAAGAUUAGGCAAUUUGAGGAAUGGAAUAAAUGACAUCAAGAAGCACAGGUGGUUGAGUGGUUUUAACUGGGAUAGUCUGAAAGUGAGGAAAUUAACAUCACCUUUGAAAAGAGAGUUGUCUGGGCCGACUGAUUACAGCUACUUUGACAGCUAUCCACCUGAAGUGGGAAGCCCUCCAGAUGAACUUUCAGGCUGGGACAAGGAUUUCUGA